AUGUCUCUGAAGACUCUCUUGCCGUUGCUCGCGCUCACUGGCGCGGGCAUGGGUUGGCAGCACAAGACCGAAACCGAAGCCCGUGAUGCCCUCAAGGCGAAUGAGCAUAGCCUAGUAGCAUCCCUCGAAAAGCACUGGUCCGCCGUCGAAGACGCCGUCCCGACCGCCCUUUCAAUAGACUGCUCGACGUCGGCCUCGCUCUGCGCCGACCUCGACGUCGCUUCCUACCCCGCCAUCCGCCUCUACCGCCAAGACGGCACGAAGCACCACUACCGCGGCCCCAGAAAGGCCUCUGAAAUUACUGCUUUUGUCCGCCGCAUGCUUCGCCCCGCCGUUGUCCCUCUGGACAACAAGGCCGCAAAAUCCUUCAACAAGGACGACGACGUGGUGUUGAUUGCGCACAUGGCUGAGUCCGAGACCAGCCUGCGCGAGCGCUUCGCCGAGAUGGCCGAGCGCUACCGCGACCGCUACGCCUUUGGGCUGACGACGAUCGAUGAGGCGCCCGGGCGAAUUGCGUGCUAUAACAACGCCGACGGGGCGUUCCACAUGACGUCUGAGCUGGACGAGGUCGACUCGAUGGAGAAGAUGCUGAAAAAGUGCGCGUCGCAACUCGUCCCGCGGUUAACGAGGAGAAAUGAGGCCGAGUAUUUGAGCUCCGGCAAAUCGUUGACCUACUUCUUCUCGACGGUCGAAGAGAACCUGGACUCUUGGACAUCGGCCGUGAAGCCCAUGGCGAAGCAGUACCAUGAGUACAUUACCUUCGUGACGGUCGACCUCGGCGAGUACCCCGAUAUGCCGUCGCUCUUUGGCCUGCCGGCGGAUGCCACCGAGGGCGUGGCUGUCUAUAACCCGGCCGUGGGCUUGGCGUUCCCGUUCAAGGGCGAGAAGAUCACGGUAGAUGCGGUCGCGCAGCACAUCGCGGAUAUCUCUGAGGGCAACGCCGACGCCUGGCAAGUGGGCGAGCCGACUGCGGAUGAGGAGAUUGUGGAGCAGGUCAUGGAGGAGGUCCCGGUGAAGGGGGGAGACGGUCCCAAGGGAGAGACCGAGGAGGCCAGGGAGGCAACCAAGAAGACUGGGGAAGAGAAUGUUGAGAUCCACGACGAACUCUAG